CAAAAACACACAAACUCUCCCUCCGCUGUUUCUCUCUCUCUCUCUACUUUUUUAUGCUCGGAGGCUCCGAUUAACGGUGAGCCAUGACGGACGGCCAUCUCUUCAAUAACAUCUCCCUCGGCGGCCGUGGCGGCACCAAUCCGGGCCAGCUAAAGCUACAUUCACGGGGGAUCUUAUGGAUUAAACAAGGAAGUGGGAAAGCAAUUGAUGUUGAUAAGGCAGACAUUGUUGGGGUAUCGUGGAUGAAAGUCCCAAAGACAAAUCAACUUGGUGUUCGGAUCAGAGAUGGAUUGUACUACAAGUUCAUUGGAUUCCGAGACCAGGAUAUCGCUAGUUUGACCAAUUAUUUCCAAGCUACUUGUGGAAUAUUAGCAGAGGAGAAGAAGCUUUCUGUAAGUGGGCAUAACUGGGGAGAAGUUGAUUUAAGUGAUAAUAUGCUGUCUUUCAUGGUUGACUCUAAGCAAGGAUUUGAGGUUUCUUUGGCUGAUGUCUCACAAACACAGCUUCAGGGGAAAAAUGACGUCACCUUAGAGUUCCAUGUUGAUGAUACUACUGGAGCAAAUGAGAAAGAUUCGCUGAUGGAAUUAACUUUUCACAUUCCCAAUUCCAACACUCAAUUUAUGGGUGAUGAGGAUCGUCCUCCUGCUCAGGUAUUUCGUGACAAAAUCAUGUCAAUGGCAGAUGUUGGUCCCGGAGGUGAAGAUGCUGUUGUCACAUUUGAGAGUAUUGCAGUCCUCACACCAAGGGGUCGCUACAAUGUGGAACUUCAUCUUUCAUUCUUGCGGUUACAAGGACAGGCUAAUGAUUUCAAAAUUCAGUAUAGCAGUGUUGUUCGUCUCUUUCUCCUUCCGAAGUCUAAUCAGCCAUUUACCUUUGUUGUCGUUACUCUUGAUCCACCUAUCCGUAAGGGACAAACACAGUAUCCACACAUUGUUUUGCAGUUUGAAACCGAAUCUGUAGUUGAAAGUGAACUGGCAUUAAACGACGAUCUUUUAAACGGCAAGUACAAGGACAAGUUAGAACCAACUUAUAAGGGACUAACUCAUGACGUGUUCACCAAAAUACUGCAUGGAUUGUCUUCUGCCAAAAUUACUAAACCAGGAAAGUUCCGCAGCUGUCAAGAUGGUUAUGCUGUUAAGUCUUCACUGAAAGCUGAAGACGGAGUCCUAUAUCCUCUGGAAAAGAGCUUCUUUUUCCUACCCAAACCUCCUACUCUUAUUACUCAUGAUGCGAUCGACUUUGUGGAGUUUCAGAGGCAUAGUGCUGCAGGCUCAAGUAUGCAUUACUUUGAUCUUCUUAUCAGACUUAAAAGUGAGCAAGAACAUCUGUUUAGAAACAUUCAGAGGAAUGAAUAUCAUGCUCUUUUUGACUUCAUCAGUGGAAAGGGUAUCAAAAUCAUGAACUUAGGAGAUGCCCAAGUAGCAGAUGGUGUUCCUCUUCUUGAAGUAGCAGAUGAUGAUGCUGUUGUAGACCCACAUCUUGUUCGUGUACAGAAGGAAGCUGGAGACGAAGAUAGUGAUGAAGAGGACGAAGAUUUUGAGAUAGAGAAGGAUGAUGAAGGCUCUCCAACUGAUGACUCUGGGGGAGAAGAUUCUGAUGCUAGUGAAAGUGGAAGCGAGAAAGAGAAGCCUGCUAAAAAGGAGAUCAGGAAAGAACCUUCAACUUCAAAGGUAUCAGUUUCCAAGAAAAAAUCCAAAGAGGUUGAUGAAGAUGGCCCAAAGAAGAAAAAACAGAAAAAGAAGAAGGAUCCAAAUGCACCAAAACGAGCGAUGUCUGGUUUCAUGUUCUUCUCAAAUAUGGAGAGAGAGAAUGUGAAGAAGACAAACCCCGGUAUUGGUUUUACAGAUGUGGGAAGAGUACUCGGAGAGAAGUGGAAGAAGAUGUCAGCGGAGGAGAAAGAACCAUAUGAAGCUAAGGCCCGACAAGAUAAACUACGCUACAAGGAUGAAAUUAGUGGCUACAACAAAGGCAGCAGCGCGCAACCCAUGAAUGUGGAUUCAGGGAAUGAAUCUGACACCGAUUAGAUUUGAAGUAGAAUCAAAUCAUCCAGUUAUAUUUUGUUCAACUGGUGCUGGAGUCUGGUAGAUCCUUUGUUUGCCUCUUUUGUAUUGUGAACAUACUGAGUUUCUGUUUUCUAUAAAAGUUAUCAUUCUAGUUUUA